AUGGCAGCCUCAUAUCCCAAGAAGAAGUGCGGUAUUCUGGGUGCCACCGGAUCUGUGGGCCAGCGCUUCAUCCUUCUGCUGGCUGAUCACCCCUUCCUGGAGCUUCAUGCCGUGGGUGCCUCCGAGCGCUCCGCCAACAAGAAGUACAAGGAUGCCGUUCGAUGGAAGCAGUCUGCUCCCAUGUCCGAGACGUUGAGCAACCUCGUCCUUCGUGAGUGCAAGGCAGAGUUGUUCACGGAUUGUGAUCUGGUCUUCUCUGGUUUGAACAGUGACAUCGCCGGCGAGACUGAGAUGGCUUUCAUCAAGGCGGAGAUUCCGGUCUUCUCUAACGCGAAGAACUACCGCAAGGACCCCAUCGUGCCUUUGGUGGUUCCCACUGUCAACCCCUCUCACAUGGAUCUGAUUCCUCACCAGCGCAAGCACUUCGGUCUGAAGAAGGGCUUCCUGGUCUGCAACUCUAACUGUGCCGUCAUUGGAAUUGUCAUCCCCUUCGCUGCCAUUCAAGCCAAGUUCGGUCCUGUUGAGGAGGUCGAGGUGUUCACUGAGCAGGCCAUCUCCGGCGCUGGCUACCCCGGUGUCCCCAGCUUGGACAUCGUCGACAACGUCAUUCCAUUCAUCAGCGGCGAGGAGGAUAAGCUGGAGAACGAGGCUCAGAAGAUCCUCGGAUCGCUGAACGGCGAUGCCACCGCGUUCAACGAGCAGGCUGGCCUGCGUAUCGGUGCUACUUGUACCCGCGUUGGCGUGACUGAUGGUCACAUGGCUUUCGUUUCGCUCCGCUUCAAGAACCGCCCUGCUCCCAAGGCUGAGGAGGUCGUGCAGGCGAUGCGUGAGUAUCAGUCUGAGGCCCAAAAGCUCGGCGCUCCCUCUGCGCCGGAGUUGGCCAUCAAGGUGUUCGACGAGCCCGAUCGCCCUCAACCUCGCCUUGACCGUGACAUUUCCAAGGGUUACACUGUGAGUGUUGGUCGUGUUCGUGAUGGUGCUGAGGGUGGCUACUUCGAUAUCCGUUUCGCUGCGCUGUCGCAUAACACCGUCAUCGGCGCUGCUGGCUCGUCUAUCCUCAACGCUGAGGUGGCUGUCAUUAAGGGUUACAUCUAA